AUGGAUGUAAUGAUACAAGCAGUACCAGAGGUACGCAGGGUCUCCGCGCAGUCCGGAAAUCCCAGCACAGGGUCUGAGUCAGCACACCACGUGACCGUUCGAAAACUCCUCCAUCCGUGUUGGUCCUUUGCCUCUGAGCACCCACAGAUUUCCCCGAGCCUGUCGCGCAACUCCGUCCCCAUUUCCCAUCCACUUUUUGAACGCGCCCUCCCAACGCGUCGUCACUCCAUCCGUUCUUACCCCCUCCCCUCCAAGGGAAACCCGUCACUUUACUCGCUUUCUUUGACUCCCUUGUCCCUGAAAGUACCCGUAAUUCCAUCGCAUUCGCCCCGAAGCUCCGACCACGAACUCCAAACAUCACAUUUUCUAUCGCCAAGCAUCUCGUACAGUUCCCAUUUUAGUCGCAUUACCCUCCAUCAGACUCGCGCCGCUGUCGCCUAUCCUUUACGACCGCGACAACCCCCUUUUCUCGACUCGCGCAAUCAAGCAAUUGACUCCAGGUGGAGACCGUGA